AUCGUUGUUCAUUGUCUUCUAAGUCUCUAGAAGUCUUUUUCUCUCUCUAUCUUUCAGUAGCUUUCGGUUACAAAGUUUCCAUCAAGCAAAGUACAUGGUUGAUUUGGAAAUUCAAGUUCCCACCCCAUUUGAUCCAUUUGCUGAGGCUAGAGAAUCUGAUGCCCCCGGAGCCAAAGAGUAUGUUCAUAUACGAAUUCAGCAAAGGAAUGGAAAAAAGAGCCUAACCACAGUGCAAGGGCUGAAGAAAGAGUUCAGCUACGAGAAGAUCCUCAAAGACCUUAAAAAAGAGUUUUGUUGCAACGGCAAUGUUGUGCAAGACAAGGAACUUGGCAAGAUAAUUCAACUCCAAGGUGAUCAACGCAAGAAAGUUUCUCAGUUUCUUGCUCAAGCUGGUCUUGUUAGGAAGGACCAAAUUAAGAUUCAUGGUUUUUGAAGAACUUGGUUUCGUUUCUGUUGUUUAUGGUAUUUGAAGUUGGUGGGUUUGUUUUGGUUCGUUUCAUUUGAUAAAAGAUUAAAGUGGUAUUGAUAUGUGUGCUUUGAAUUUGCUUUUUUAAUGAUUGAAUUCCAUGGAUGAUGUUCAUCUUGAAUGUUGUAUGUCAAGUACGUCAUAUAUAAUAAAUAAAGAUUCGGUUUUU